AUGGCUUCAGGAGUGCACCAGGCAAUGGCUCCAGCAGAUCAUCAGCAACAGGAGGUGGGUCUGGUUGGGUGUGAAAUUGUUUCCAGCGUCUUGGGGCAGUUGGAGACGACCAUUACGCCAGAGAAUGACCUAGAAGGAGGACUUCCUGAGGGUGCCAAAAAGGAACUGAAAAAGCUUCGUGAAAAUCUGCAAGAAAUUCGAGAUGUGCUGGCUGAUGCAGAGCAAAGACAAGGGAAGGAGAAACGUUUGAGAUUUUGGUUGAAGAAGCUCAAAAAUACGUGCUAUGACUUGGAAGAUGUUUUGGAUGAGUGGAACAUUGCUGUCUUGAAAAUGCAAGUCCUGGGCGCUGAUCAGAAUGCUCUUAUUCGUGAGAAAGGAAAGGUAUGCUUUAUGUUGCCCUCCUCUUGCAUUUGUUUCAAUAGUCUCAGCGUACAUGGUGACAUUGCUCGGAAGAUUAAUGACCUAAGUAAAAUUAUAGAUGAUAUUAACGAAGAGCAAAAAAAAUUUAGCCUUAAUAAGAUUGGGAGGAUUGAUGAGAAAAUAGAGAGGGUCAGUGUCUCCAUUGAUGAUGUGUCUGAGAUAUGUGUUCGAGAGGAUAAGAAGAGGAGAUUAGUGGAAAAGUUGUGUGAGAGUGGGGUUAAAACAAAACAUCCCCAUAUCAUAUCAGUUGUAGGGACGGAAGGAGUCGGAAAAACAACUCUGGCUCAAUUCGCCUACAAUGAUAAUUUGGUGAUAAAUUAUUUUGAUAUAAGAAUAUGGGUGCGUGCUUCUGACCCUUUUGAUGAGCUUAAGAUAGCUAAGUCUAUCAUUAAAGCUCUGAAAGGGGAAGUCUUUUAUAUUGAUAAAACUGGGUCUCUUUUUCAAUGGAUUAGUCGAUCUAUUUUGGGAAAGAAAUGUCUUCUUGUUUUAGAUGGUAUGUCCGCAGAAGACUAUCAAAAAUGGAAGCCAUUUUAUCGUUGUCUCAAGAAUGGUUUACCUGGUAGUAAGAUUUUAAUUACCACUCGAAAGGAGGUCGAAUCAAAUGAUGUUUUCCAAGUUGAGAAAUUGCCUACAGAGGGAUGUUUGAUGUUUUUAAGACAUUUAGCAUUUUUUGAUAGGUCUCCUGAGGAUUGGAAAAAAUUAGAAAACAUAGGUAAGAAAAUUGUAGAAAAGUGCAAUGGUUUCCCUUUUUGUGUAAAGAUUAUUGGGAGUCUCUUACGCUUUAAAAGUACCAGCGAGCAAUGGCAGAAAAUCUCAGAGAGUUAUAUAUGGGAACUAAAAGAGUUAGAGGAGAAAGAUUAUUUUCCAUUUCUGUUUUUGAGUUAUAGUGAGUUACCCACAAUGAUAAAACGAUGUUUCUCAUAUUGUGCUAUCUUCCCGAAAGAUUACAAUAUGAGCAAAGAUCAAUUAAUUAAAUUGUGGAUGGCUCAAGGUUAUCUUGGUUUUGGAGAAGAUGAAGAAAUGGAGAUAAAGGGUCAAAAGUAUUUUGACUACUUAUUAAGACUAUCUUUCUUCGAUGUGUUUAAAAAAGAUCAUGAUGGCACUAUUUUACGUUAUAAAAUGCAUGAUAUAGUGUAUGAAUUCGCUCAGUUUAUUAGUAAAUUUGAGUCUUUAACCAUCGAAGUCAAUGGUCUUAAAGAUGCAUCCUCAAACGCUGCUCACCAAGAAGCUCACCAUUUAAUGUUAAUGGCCAGGGAGGGAGCUCCACUUGCUAAAUCCUUAUGUGAUGUCAAAAAGUUGCGAAGCCUCAUAAUUCUGGGUAGAGUUACAGAUCUCUCAUUGCUUUGUAACGACCCAUUAAAGUUAUUUGAUCAACAGAUACCUUUAAGGGCUUUAGAUCUCAGUGCAAAGCGGCAGUAUGCGAAUUCAGUUAAAGAGAUUCCAGGAGAGAUAGGAAAAUUAUCACAUUUGAGAUAUCUUAAUUUGUCCCUUUUAAAUUUCAAAGAAUUGCCAGAGACGUUAUGUGAGUUAUGUGCUUUGCAAACUUUAGAGCUGAGUUGGUGUACCGAACUCAAGAAGUUACCUCAGGGGAUUGAAAAGUUAAUCAACUUGAGGCACAUAGUAAACAAUGGAACUUCACUAGAGUAUAUGCCAAAAGGAAUCGAGAGAUUAACUUGCCUUCAGACCUUAAGUGAGUUCUUUUUGGGUGGUGGCAGCGGCGAAGCAUGCACCCUAGAGUGUCUGGAAAAUUUGAACCACCUCAGAGGGUCUCUCAGUUUAAAAAGGUUGGGAAAUGUGAAAAAUGUGAAUGAAGCCAAGAAAGCAGAACUGAAGACAAAGAGAAAUCUCCUCUCUUUGCAUCUAGAUUUUGAAACGGAGGAAAAAGAGAAGGUGAAUCAGGAGGAAGAAGAGAUUCUUGUAGCCUUGCAACCACCUUCUGAUAUAGAGGGGUUGGAGAUUCGAGGAUACAGAGGCCGUGAUAUUUCUCUUGAUUGGAUCCUGCCAUUAGAAAAACUGAGUAUGUUGAAUCUCCAUGAUUGCAUGAAGUUUGAGAAUUUACCUGCUUUGGGAAGACUUCCAUCCCUUGAAUCACUCUCUAUAUGGAAUAUGCAGAGUGUGAAACGAGUUGGUAAUGAAUUUCUGGGAAUCAAAAGUGGUAACGCAUCUGCUAUUGUCUUUCCGAAACUGGCGUCGCUCAAAUUUGUUGACAUGGAAAAAUGGGAUCGAAUGCUUAUAGAUGUACCGGAAGAGUCAAUAAUCAUGCCAUGUCUUCGGUCGCUAUCAUUUGUACAUUGUCCGAAAUUAAGCAAAAUACCAGACCGCAUUCUGCAGAAGACAACUUUGGAGGAAUUGAGUAUCAAUUGGUGUUCUAUUCUAAAACAAUGUUACAGCCAGAGGAGUACUGGAGAGGAACGACACAAGAUCACAUCUCCAAUAUCAUGA